UGGAGUUUUUCCUGUUUGAUGUCACACUGCUACCCUUUAAAAGUCCGAGGGAAAAAAAGGAGGGAAUGCAGCCUAGGAGCCGCAGGCCAGAAACCAGCAAGGAAGAGGAGAAACAGUCCAGGGAGGCCAGGCGCAGAGCCAGGGUCGGGUUUCAGACUCCACACCAGCCAGAGAGCCGCGAUGCUGGGGGCCUGGCUGGGCCUCUGGGUCUGCACCCUGGGCUGUGCGGUCCACGCCUAUCCCAACACCUCCCCGCUGCUGGGCUCCAGUUGGGGCGGCCUGACCCACCUGUACACGGCCACGGCCAGGAACAGCUACCACCUGCAGAUCCACAGGGACGGCCACGUGGAUGGCUCACCCCAGCAGACCAUCUACAGUGCCCUGAUGAUCAGAUCUGAGGAUGCGGGAUUCGUGGUGAUAACAGGGGUGGUGAGCCGGAGAUAUCUCUGCAUGGACUUCAGAGGCAACAUUUUUGGAUCUCAUCACUUCAGCCCCGAGAGCUGCAGGUUCCGGCAGCGGACGCUGGAGAACGGCUACGACGUGUACCACUCGCCGCAGCACCGCUUCCUCGUCAGCCUGGGUCGGGCCAAGCGGGCCUUCCUGCCGGGCACCAACCCGCCCCCGUACGCGCAGUUCCUGUCGCGCAGGAACGAGAUCCCGCUGCUGCACUUCGCCACCGCGCGGCCCCGGCGCCACACGCGCAGCGCGCACGACGGCGGGGACCCGCUGAGCGUGCUCAAGCCGCGCGCCCGCGCCACGCCCGCGCCCGCCUCCUGCUCGCAAGAGCGGCCCAGCGCCGAGGACAGCGGCCCUGCGGCCAGCGACCCGCUGGGGGUGCUCCGCGGCCACCGGCUGGACGCGCGCGCCGGGCCGGGGGGCGCCGAGCGCUGCCGGCCCUUCCCCAGCUUCGCUUAG